GGUAAUGUCAAAUGUUUGUCAUGCAAAGCGUCAAAUAUAAACAAAACAUAUUUUCACCUCUUACAUUUAGAUUACAGUCUUGUGUGUGUAUUUUCACCUCAAAACUCAAGUUUGUGGUAUUACAAAGGCAUAAAUUUGCAAACACACUUGCAUAACGCAGACCAAGUUAAUGGUGAUACACGAAUUGAAUUAUACAAGUAUCUUUACUGACUGAUGAAUACAUAACCUAAAAAUCGUAUAUUGUAACUCACAAAACGUGUUAUUAAGUUAAAAUGCGAUACGCUCAAUUAGUUGUCGGUCCUGCCGGCAGUGGAAAGUCAACCUACUGUUCGACAAUAGUAAAGCAUGCAAAUGACUCCAAGAGGAUAGUGGAGGUUGUGAAUCUGGACCCAGCUGCAGAGCACUUUGACUAUGAGCCGCUGGUAGACAUCCGCGAGCUCAUCCACCUCGACGACGCCAUGGAGGACGAGGAGCUUCAGUUUGGACCUAACGGUGGACUUGUGUUUUGUAUUGAAACUCUCUUAGAGAAUUGUGACUGGCUGGAAGAGCAGCUCGGUGAUGUGGAUGACGACUACAUACUGUUUGACUGUCCAGGACAGAUAGAGCUAUACACACACCUGCCUGUUAUGAGGAAGCUGGUGGACCAGCUGCAGCGGUGGAACUUCAGGAUAUGUGUUGUAUUCAUGGUUGACUCACAGUUCAUGAUUGACGGGGCUAAGUUUUUAUCAGGCACAAUGGCUGCACUCAGUGUUAUGGUGAAUCUAGAAUUGCCACACGUAAAUAUACUCACGAAAAUGGACCUUCUCACCAAGACAGCAAGGAACCAGAUAGACAGUUACUUAGAUCCAGAUCCCCAUAUCCUUCUAACAGACAUGAGGAAUGCUAAAUCAAAGUGGCACGAGAAAUACGCGAAGCUCACAGAAGCCAUUGGUCAAGUUAUAGAGAAUUUCAGCCUAGUUCGGUUCUACCCGCUUAACAUCAAAGAUGAGGAGAGCAUAGAUAACAUACUGCUGACCAUAGACAACAUAAUACAAUAUGGCGAGGGAUGCGGAUGUCAAGAUACGAGACUUUGAUGAGCCUGAUCCAGAAAAUGAUGAUGAAUAAAGCUGUUUUUGUGAUA